CCCAGCGGCAGCACCUCAGUCCAUCAGCUUCAGAGCCAGGUCUGGCUGUGCCGAGAUGGGGCUGGUCCAGCCAGGGCUGUGGCUGAAGAGGCUCUGGGUACUCUUGCAGGUAGCUCUGCAUGUGGCCUUGGGCAAAGUACAACUAAAACUGUUUCCCAAGAGAGUCAAGCAGCGUAUCUCAGCCAUGAACCAGAAGAACCCACACUUUUCCUACGACAACUGGGUUCCGACCCUCUUCAGCCUCCAGUAUUUCUGGUUUAUCCUGAAGGUUCGUUGGCAACGAUUGGAGGACAAGACUGAGGAAGGGGGUCUAGCCCCAAACUGCCCUGUGGUUCGCCUCUCAGGACAGACAUGCAACAUUUGGGACUUCAUGCGAGGCAACAGGCCACUGGUGCUGAAUUUUGGAAGUUGUACCUGACCUUCAUUUCUUUUCAAAUUUGAUCAAUUCAAGAGACUUAUUGAAGACUUCAGUUCUGUAGCAGAUUUUCUCGUCAUUUACAUUGAGGAAGCACAUGCAUCAGAUGGCUGGGCAUUUAAGAACAACGUGGUCAUCAGGAAUCACCGGAACCUCCACGACCGGCUCCAGGCAGCUCACCGGCUGCUGGACAGGAGCCCCCAGUGCCCUGUGGUGGUGGACACAAUGAAGAACCAGAGCAGCCAGCUCUACGCGGCACUGCCCGACAGGCUCUAUGUGCUCCAGGAGGGCAGGAUCCUCUACAAGGGUAAACCUGGCCCUUGGAACUAUCAUCCAGAGGAGGUUCGUGCUGUUCUGGAAAAGCCCCAUAGUUAAUCUGGACAGAUCCCACACUUCCAAGCGACCAAGAGGAGGGCUCCUCAAGGCGUGGCUCUCCCCACAAACCAGCUGGCUUUCACCUCUUGACCUGUGUCUCCAGUUGAACUCCUAGCUCAGAUUUUUCUGAUCUGAGCAAGCAAUUGUCAUAAUCAGAAAACGAAGCAGCCAGUGAGCUGAGCAUUAAGGAAUGUACGGCUCCACACGGCCUGCCCUGUGGGGGCUGCUGUCAGCGUGUGAUGUCUCAGAGUGUGACAGCGCUGGCGCUCCCUGGGUGUAGUGCAUGUGAAAGGUGGCCUCCUCCAGGCACUCUAAUGCCAAGGGGGCGGGUAUGGCAUCCCUCACCAAGUUGGUCAUUGGUGGAAUUGAUAUUUAAUACACUAAACUGGUUUUUAGAACCAAGCAUGGGGAGAAUUCUGGGUGUUCAGAGAGAGAAGAGGAAUUGGUAAAGGAGGGAGUAGGGAUGAGAGGAGACGGUAAAAAUGAUAAUCCUUUCCCUGUCAAAAGACUGAACAACCAGUCAAUGGCGGUAGUGGUGGUGAGGGGUGAGUUUCCAUGGUAGUGCAUCUCCAAUUCUACCAUAGAAGAGGAGGUUACUCACUGUAUAAUCUUUGAAUCUAUUUCAUAGAAAUCUGGCUCUCUGUACUCUGGAAUAUUUCACUAUCUUAUCAACAGAGUCACUUGGGGUCAGGUGAGGACUGACUUCCCAAAAACAGGAUAACCUUGACCCAACUAGACAACAGGCACCAGCAGAGCUUCCAUUCAGUUAUGCAGAAGCUCAUAUGUGAAGUUCUAUUUCCCAGAUUUUUUUUUUUUGCAAGUCUCCUAAUGGUCAUUUGUGUUAAAUUAUGUCAGGCUAAUGGAUAACCAUUGGUAUUCAUCUGUUUUAACUCUGCUUCUUUUAUAUUUGUUUAUGACGGCCACAGUCUAAAGUACACACAGCUGUGACUUGAUUUGAAAACAAAAUAUUUUAAGAUGCAGCAAGCUAAUACAGAAUGAUUAAAACAUAUUAGUCCUUU